GCAGCAAAUAGUACUCCCUGGAACCACCAAUGAGAAAGAUGUUCAUACACUGCUAUUUCUUUACCCCAUAGUUCAAUUCUGAUAUCAGAAUUUCUAUGUGGAAGGAAGUGAGUAUGGACAGAGAGUAAGAGUUCUGGUGACCAAAUAGUGGAGUAAGUGUUUGUAGACCCCUGAAUCAUGUGAAUUUUUAAUGAAUUGAUUAUAGAUGCCCAACCCUGUCAGUCUCACCCAUUCUCUCUCUAUAUGUGGGAUGUUUCAGGACUCAGUCGUCUUUGAGGAUGUGGAUGUGAACUUCACCCAGGAGGAGUGGGCUUUGCUGGAUCCUUCCCAGAAGAAUCUCUACCGAGAUGUGAUGCGGGAAACCAUCCGGAACCUGGCCUCUAUAGGGAAAAAAAGGAAAGACCAGAAUGGUGAAGAUCACUAUAAACACCAAGGGAGAAAUCUAAGAACUCGUAUGAUAGACAGACUCUAUCCAAGUAAAGAAGGUAGUCAGUGUGGAGGAAUUUUUAAUCAGAUUCCAAAUCAUAAUAUGAGCAAGAAAACUCCUGGAGUAAAACCAUGUGAAAGCAGUAUAUGUGGAGAAGUUGGCAUGGGUCAUUCUUCCUUUAAUAGGCACAUUAGAGAUCACACUGAACGUGAACCAAACAAUUAUCAGGAACAUGGAGAGAAGCCACAUUCACAUAACCAAUAUUGGAAAGUCUUCAGUUCUCCCCACGCUUUUCGAACACAUGAAAUAAUUCACACUGGAGAGAAACUCUAUGAUUGUAAGGAAUGUGGAAAAACCUUCUUUUCUCUCAAAAGAAUUCGAAGACACAUGAUAACGCACAGUGGAUACACACCAUAUAAAUGUAAGGUGUGUGGGAAAACCUUUGAUUAUCCCAGUAGAUUUCGAACACAUGAAAGAAGUCACACUGGAGAAAAACCCUAUGAAUGUAAGGAAUGUGGGAAAGCGUUCACAUGUAUCACAAGUGUUCGAAGACACAUGAUAAAGCACACUGGAGAUGGACCUUAUAAAUGUAAAGUAUGUGGGAAGCCCUUUCAUUCUCUGAGCUCAUUUCAAGUACAUGAAAGAAUUCACACUGGAGAGAAACCCUUUAAGUGUAAGCAAUGUGAUAAAGCCUUCAGUUGUUCUCCGACCCUACGAAUACAUGAAAGAACUCAUACUGGAGAGAAGCCUUAUGAGUGUAAGCUGUGUGGGAAAGCCUUCAGUUAUCUCCCCUCCCUUCGACUACAUGAAAGAAUUCACACUGGAGAGAAACCCUUUGAGUGCCAACAAUGUGGUAAAGCCUUUAGGUCUAUUAGUACUUUUAGAAUACACGAAAGAACUCACACUGGAGAAAAACCCUAUGAAUGUAAGGAAUGUGGGGAAGCAUUCAGUUGUAUCCCAAGUAUGCGAAGACACAUGAUAAAGCACACUGGAGAUGGAGCUUAUAAAUGUAAGGUGUGUGGGAAGCCCUUUCAUUCUCUGAGUCCAUUUCGAAUACACGAAAGAACUCACACUGGAGAGAAACCCUAUGAAUGCAAACAUUGUGGUAAAGCAUUUGUUUCUUCUACAUCUAUUAGAAUACACGAAAGAACUCAUACUGGAGAGAAACCCUAUGAGUGUAAGCUGUGUGGGAAAGCCUUCAGUUAUCUCAACUCCUUUCGAUCACAUGAAAUGAUCCACACUGGUGAGAAACCCUAUGAAUGUAAACAAUGUGGUAAAGCCUUUAGGUCUUCCAGUUCUUUUCGACUACAUGAAAGGGCUCACAGUGGACAGAAACCUUAUGAAUGUAAGGAAUGUAGGAAAGCUUACUCUUGCCGUGUAAGUUUUCAAAGACACCUGUUAACACACACUGAAGAUGGACGUUAUACAUGCAUGUGGGAAAGCCUUUGAGGCUCCAAGAUCAUGUCAAAUACAUUAAAGUACUUAUCCUGAAGAGAAACCGUAUGAAUGUAAGCAAUGUGGGAAAGCAUUAAAUUGUGUCAGUGCCUUUUUAGUACAUGAAAGAAAUCAUACUGUAGAGAAGCCAUAUAAAUGUAAGUAACAUGGGAAAGCCUUCAGUCAUUCUAGUUCCUUUCAAAUACAUGAAAGAACUCAUCAUGGAGAAAAAUCAAACAAAUGCUUUUGCAAGGAACUCACACUUGAGAGAAAUCCUGCGUAAAGAAUGUGGGAAAGAUUUUAUCACACAAGCUUUCUUUCAUAUAGCAUGCAUAAUGGAGAGAACCCUUGUAGAUGAAAAAAGUAUGUCAAAACCUUUAGUCAUUUUAGUUCAAUUUGAAGCCAUGAAAGAACACACAGAAGAGAGAAAGCUCUUGAAUGUAAGCAAUGUCCAAAAAUCUUUAGUCAACCCAUUUGCUUACAACAACAUUUAAGAACAUAGUGUGGAUCAAAACCAUGCAAAAGUGAAAACAUAGAAGGUUUUCAAUUAUAGCAUACUUUCAAUGUCAUUUGCGCUUUCUGUGGCUUAGUUGGUUAAAGCGCCUGUCUAGUAAACAAGAUUCUGGGUUCGAAUCCCAGCAGGAACUCACUAGUGAGUUAUUGGAUUUGAACAGAUGUUUCUGCUCUUGCCUGGUGCUGUGGCUUAUCCCUGUAAUCCCAUCACUUUGGGAGGCUGAGGUGGGAGGAUUGCAUGGGGCCAGAAGUUUGAUACCAGUGAAAGCAACAUAGUAAGACUCCAAAAAAAAGGUCAUUUGAAAACUUUUAAUGUGAUAAAGUUCUAUAAAUGUAAGUGAUAUGAAAAUUCUCAUGCAUAGCAGUUCAUGUAUAAUGUUCCAGAAAAUAUACAAUCUGAAGGAAAUGUGUUAACUUACAUAUUUUGUUCAUUAGUGGCUUGUACUAAAAAAUAGUUCUCUAGUCUGUGGAUUUCUAAUUCUUACUCUCACAAGGAAAUGUUGAGUUGAUAUAAUCAUGUAAGUAAUCUUAAAGCAAUAGUGCAUGAAUUUCAUAUGCGUAUGUUAUUUUAGAUAAGUUAAUAAAAUUUUUGUGUUUCCCUUU